AUGAUAUACUUACAUGAUGAAGGGCCGCGGACAAGUCACUCAGAGAGGCGGCAGUGUGGGUGGCGGUUGGCGGCACGGCUGGCGGCGGCGCCUCUAUCCACGCGUCUAGUUGGCGCCUGGUUGCCGCCAGGAGGCCAGGGGUCGUGCGGGAGCGGGAGCUUCCGGUGCGGCAACAGCAGCCAGUGCGUGCCGCAUCACUUCGUGUGCAACCGCCACAACGACUGCGCGAACGGCGAGGACGAGAACCUGCGCAUGUGCGGGGAUGCACAUGGUUGGAAUGAGACUGACAAGAUGUUCCGACGAGCUGGCCGUGGUCCCGACUGGUCUAAAUGCGACCUGGAGGGCUUCCCACUGGGCUGCCAUUGCCGCAACACUACUCAGCUCAUUUGCAAGGGCCUCGGGCUGCGCAAGCCACCCAUACUGCACGGUGACCGGCUGCCCGAGCGCCUGAUCUUGCCCGAUAACAACAUCCAACACCUGGGCCCGAUCUCCCUGGCGCACUACAACCUGACGGGGCUGGUGCUGAGCGGCAACGGCCUGCACAGCAUCCACAAACACGCCCUGCGCGAGCAGCGCCGCCUCAAAACGCUGGACCUGUCGAACAACACGCUGGAGAAGCUGCCCCGCCACCUGCUGCAGGGCCUGGUUCACCUCAAGUGGCUGAUCGUGGAGCACAAUCAACUGCAGCAGCUGCCGCUGCGAGCGCUCAACGGGCUGCGACACCUCAAACUACUGGACCUCUCUCACAACGGCCUCACCCUCACUGGAGAGCACUUCCCAGAGCUGCCGCAGCUCACCAUUUUGGAUCUGGAACGAAAUGCCAUCACAACGCUGGAGCGAGAGCUAUUUAACAAAUUGCCUCGACUUUCUCAGUUAUAUCUGCAACACAACCGCAUCUCCACAAUCAACUAUGGAGCUUUCGUUGGCAAUCGCGCCCUCCUUCGUUUGAAUCUGUCCUUCAACUACCUUCACAGUAUGGACUCUGAUACAAUGAAGCCCUUGGGAGGUCUUAAAGCAUUGAGUCUGAAGGCGAACCCGUUCGACUACAUUCCGCGCUCUCUGCUGCAGCCGCUGGCCAACUUGUCAUCGCUAAAUUUGGAGGGAAUAGAAAUGGAACAAUUAGAUUUGCAGAUAUUCGAUGCGGACAUUUUACCAAGUCUUCAAAUUCUGUGGUUGCAUCGCUUCCAUUUCUGCUCCUACGCUCCGUGGGUGAAGUCGUGUCGCCCAAACACUGACGGCAUCUCGUCGGCGGAGCACCUGCUGCAGCGGCCGGAGCAGCGCGCCGCCGUGUGGGUGCUGGCGGCGCUGGCGCUGGGCGGCAACGCGCUGGUGCUGGGAGGCCGCGCCGCCGCCCGCGACGACAGCCCCGCGCUCAGCGCCGUUGUGCGCAACCUCGCAGCGGCCGACCUGCUGAUGGGCGCGUACCUGUGCGCGGUGGGCGCGUGCGACCGGGAGCUGCGCGGCCGCUACGCGGCGCACGCGCUGCGCUGGAUGGCGUCGUGGCGCUGCACGGCGGCCGGCGCCGCCGCCAUGCUCAGCUCGGAGGUGUCGGUGCUGGUGCUGCUGUUCCUGUCGCUGGAGCGCUUCCUGCUGAUCGCGGUGCCGUUCGGCGCCCCCGGCGGCCUGUCGCCGCGCGUCGCCCGCCGCGUGCUGGCCGCCAUCUGGGCCCUGGGCCUGCUCCUCGCCGCGCUGCCCGCAAUACAGUGGCGCCACUCAAAUCGCUUUUAUGGUACCAAUGGACUUUGCUUCCCGUUGCAUAUUGAAGACCCGUACAUGCAAGGUUGGCAAUACUCUUCAUUCAUCGUCCUAGGAGUUAACAUUCCGGGCGUGUGGCGCACGCGCCGCCGCGCGGGCGCGGCGGUGGCGGCGUCGGCGGAGCGCGGCAGCCGCGAGCUGGAGAUCGCGCUGCGCGUGCUGCUGCUGGUGCUGACGGACGCCGCCUGCUGGGUGCCCGUCGCCGCGCUUAAGCUGCUCGCACUCGCCAGGGGACACGUGCCAGCGGACGUGUACGCGUGGGUGGUGGUGCUGGUGCUGCCGGUCAACUCAGCGCUCAACCCGCUGCUCUACACCUUCUCCACCCCGCGCUACCGCACUCGCAUCGUGCACCUGUGGCGGCGAGCGCGUGCGCUGUGCAGAGGUGGCGGGGUGGCGGGGCUGGAAGGCGGCGACGCGCGGAGGUGCGGCGCCGGGGCGUCGCGGCGCGGCCGCAGCCGCUAG